AUGGCGGCUCCCGCCAACACAGAUGCGCUAGGCCUGCUGAGCGCCGCGCUCAACUCGUCCGACAAGAACGAAGAAGCUCAGCAUCUCUCGGAGCUGUACAACCUUCUCAAGGUACAGCCAGGCAACAUCCCCAUCCUCUUACCAUCACUUAUUUCGCUUCUGCCAAAAGCCAGCACAUCAUUGCGAACAUGGAUAGCCCAAGUCAUGGACCUUGCUUUCUGCCGACCUGCUCUCGCCCAAGACACAAAAGCCAACUUAGCUACUCAUGCACCGCAAGCGAUACUCUUGCUCAUCAAGGACAGAGAUCCGCGUCUGACAAAGAUCGCGUCUCAAUGCUUUGCAAGCAUGUAUCCUGUCCUCUUCCGUCUUGCAUGCAAUGAUCGUGCAAAGUCGAGCCUCUGGCAAACAGUCCAAACCAUCAAGGCGCAAGUAGUCCAUCUCUUUGAUCACGGCAGUCAGGGAACCAAGCUUGCUGUCAUCAAAUGCUACCAGCGUAUUGUGCAGCUUCAGUCGCGCGGCUCGACCGACCCUCGUGCUCAGCUCAAGAACGAUGUCGGCCUCAACCAGAUACCUUCUUCGCAUCCUUUCCUCAAUGCUGCCAGCCUCGAAGAAGAAGGUAAUCGCCUUUUCGCACAGAUCGUUACACUCAUCUUCACCAGCGAUGUCACCGAUCUCAUCAUGGCCUCUAUCAAUUCGCUCGCUGUACUGGCUAAAGCACGGCCGCAACUCGGCUCGGUUAUUCUUCGAGCAAUGGCUACCUGGACACCCGCCAGUCUCUCGAACCUCACCCACACACAAAUACGAAACGUGGAAAAGACCGUUCGAGUCUUCUACCUACACUUUGUUCGCAACCAGCUCGCCGGUCCAGAGUCAAGCUCAUUACAAAAGGCACUCGAGACGCAGCAACGUCGCAUGGAAGAAGCUGCCAAGAAAUACCAAGCAGAGAAGGAAGCCGAAGCCAAACGCAAACGUGAGAGGAUCGACGAAGAGCUCGAAGCGCCCAAGAAGAUCAAGCUCGAGCAUCAGCAAGCUGGCACCUCCGACGGAUCAGCCAAUCAGCAAGGCGACCAUGCUUCGGCCGAGGCUUUUCGCGAUGCCUCUGUUCGAACAACAGGCGGCGUCGAACGCAAUCCAUUAGCCGCAUUCGACGUCAAGACGCUGCCCAUCAACCUCGUGAUCGAGCUUAUCGUUGCCAAUCUGCAAGCUUUAUCAGAAAGCGACUUGCAUUCAGCCAUCGCCAACAUGCGAGCGAAUCUGCCUCCAGAUGCAUCCACGUCAGCACAGCCAGAACCAUCAACAGGCAACGCAACCCGGACGCAACCACCACCACCACCGCCUCCUCCUGGUCCCGCGCCCGGCCCGCCACCCGGACCUCCUCCGAUGGCGCACCAAGCACAGGCCAAUGGCGAUGGCACACCGCAAGCUGUCAAGGCAGAGGAUGCGCAAGAUACCGCAGAGGACGUUGUCCAAGAUCCACUGGCCAUGGACAUUGCCGAGGAGGAUCUUGAAGCAUUGGAAGCUAAAGGUCGAGAGCGGGAUGCCAGAGCCGGAUCAGCUGGGCAAGAAGCAGAAGAGCAAGAAGAGCAAGAGCUCUCAUUGGCUGUUAUCGAGAAUUUUGCUCUCGCACCGCCAGAAUACCUUUCAUUGAGCGAAUCCGACUCGCUGAUCAAAGACACCAUUGCAAGGAUAUGCGGUUUCGGAUCUGCUGCAUCUUCAGCAUUGGCCACCACAACGCAGCCGGAAAUGGGAACGCAAGCUCUCUGGUCUUCCUUGGUCAUUCGUCUUGCAACUCGAGGAUUCGCCGAGCCCAUCGCCGAUCCUGCAUCCGCCUCCACCGAGCCUGAAACCAAGGCUGUCGGCGGCGUCGAACCAAUGCGAACACUUUCAACACAAGCUGACAUCAUCCGCUCCCUCAUGCUCGAGCUCGUCAAAGCCGACUUUGCGCGCAGAACACGUUUCGCUGUCACGUGGAUGGCGGAAGAGUGGUUCUGUGAUCGCGUGCGACGCAGAAAAGCCGCGUCUUCCGGCGCUGCCACCAAGGAUCAGUACCCGAUAUGGCUGGAGAAGCUCGUUCAGGCCUGGAUCCCAGACAUAGAUGCUAAAGAUCGUUCGCUCGCCAAGUUUUUGGCUGAUCUCCCCGAGAUUCCGCCCGCAGUGCUCGACUUGGUGGCUGCGCUGAGCAAGGACAAGAUCAAGAUGGUCGCUGGUAUGUCGACCUUGCAGGAUAUAUGCAUUUCGAGACCUGCGCUGCGAGAGCAGUCGGCGGAUAAGUUGCUGCAGUUGACUAGGACAAGCGAAAGAAGCACACGAGCAAGGGCAAUCAUUGCGAUCAAGCAGUGCGCCGUCACUAAUAGUACGCUUGAAGCUACUAUUCUUGCUUUUGCAUGCAGAAACCUUGAUAUCCUCAUCGAGACGCAGGAGCCGACUAAGAGCGUAGAAGCGGAGAAGGCCAGCACCGAGGACAAAUCCACCAAUGGGGACGCAGCAGAUGCAAAUGGCAUCAAUGGAUCAACUAAGACCGAAGACGACGCAGAGGCCGCCACGAAGACAAACGAGAACGGAGAGAAAGCCUCAGAGGGAGAGAAAGGAGAAUCAACACACCCAAUCGAUGGCGAUGAUGUGCUACGCUUCGUCGAGUUGCCUUUCUCCUUGUGCACCAAGAUCGCCGACAUGCUGGAUGAGAUUUUUAUGGCCUACCCUCGAACACCCAAGUUUGUACAAGACGCUAUUGAGACGCACAUUGUCAACCUCAUCCGGGCGCUCGGACCCAACCAUCCACGUCUCUUGACCUUGCUAGGCAACUUCCCAGACGGUGCGGACUCAUUGGCACUGUGCAUCCUCAAGACGCUCACCGAGAAGAGCCGUACUCCUGCGCUCGUAUCAUUGGUCAAGGAGUUGGUCGACACGCGUGAUGUGGAUCCCCGAUUCUUGGUGCCGAUCAUGGCAGACUUGGACAAAGCUGAGAUCAUGAAACGCCUACCGCGGGUUGUGACGAUCCUAGGAUCACGCGCACCGGAGGAUAGAGCUCUGAUCAAGUCAGUUUUCCAAAGUAUCGUUCAGAUGCCACCGCAAGGUUUCGGUUCGGUCUCUUCCAACCUUCCUCGCGUCAGGCAGACGGAGCUGUUGACACCCGUCGAACUCAUGGGUCUACUCCACCACGCCGAACGAGAUAUUGGACUGAAAAACACAGUUGCAGCGAUCCAAAUCUGUUUCAGUAUGACAGACGUUUAUCGAUCCGAAGUCCUCGCUGCUGUUCUCAACCAGAUUUCGGAAGACCAGAACUUGCCAAUGCUGUUCAUGCGUACCGUUAUUAUGGCCGUUUCGACUUACAAGUCUCUCUCUGGCUAUGUGGCAAGGAAUCUUUUGUCGAGAUUGAUCACAAAGAAGAUUUGGCAAAAUCCUCCGCUUUGGGAUGGGUUUAUUCUUUGUGCUAAACAGACAGCCCCAAGUUCGUUUGGGGCUUUGAUUCAAUUGCCGAAAGAUCAGUUGAGGGAGGUGGUCAGUAGACAGCCGGAUUUGAGGACUGGGUUGGUGGAGUAUUUGACGACGAAAGCGGGCGGGAACAGGGCGAGAUUGGCGACAUUCAUGGAUAUGCUGGGGCCUCAACCUGGGUCUGAGGAUGCUACUAUGGCGGCGGAUGGGGAGAGCGAGGCAAAGGUUUCGGCUGCAUAA